AUGAUCCGAAUAAAAAAUGCGAAGCGGCUGCUCAGCACAGCGAAGUCGUCUUUCAUCCACGACUACUCCAUUCUGCCCACCAGCAUACAGUACCGAUUGCCGUCGAAAGAGCAUCCUGCACUGUCUGAUAAUCACUCCAACAUCAUACGGUACAUUCUGGAGAUGGGCGACAUUGAGGGCUUUGACUGGCAAAAGAACCUGCAGAUGUUCCAUAAGUACCCGAUGAUGACUACAAAGAGGCUCGAGAAACGGACAAAAAAACCCUCGAACGUCAGAAUGCUCUCUUCUGACUUUAUCGAGGACUCGCUGUACAACCCCUCCUACGGCUAUUUUGCGAAACAGGCCACGAUUUUCCAGCACGACAAGCCCAUCGUGUACAAAGAACUUAGUGGCCAGGACGAGUUCAUGCAAAAAUGGAUCGCCGCGUACGAUCAAUACGAUCAGAUAAUGGUGCCUACUCUGAAACAUAGCAAGGAGAACCACUUCCAAUUGACGAAGCCGUCGCUGCAAUUAUGGCACACUCCCACGGAGUUGUUUCAGCCCUACUACGGCGAGGCGCUGGCGAGGUAUUUGCUGGUCAACUACAAGCUGAACCAGUAUCCAUACAACGAUCUGACCAUCUACGAGAUCGGAGGAGGAAAUGGAACGCUCAUGACCAACAUUUUAGAUUUUAUACAGCGAACGCAGCCAGAAGUCUACGAGCGCACAAAGUACAACAUCGUGGAGAUAUCGUCGCGGUUAUUCAACAAGCAAAUAAAGAACAAAAGCAGACAUAGCCAAAAGGUGCACCUCAUCAACCAGUCUGUGCUCGACUGGAACAAGCCUGUGAUCGAGCCGUGUUUUGUUGUGGCGCUCGAAGUGUUCGACAACCUGGCGCACGACGUGGUUCGCUACGAUAUCAACACCCAACAACCGUAUCAGGGAUACGUGGUGAUCGAUGAGAACAACGACUUCAAGGAGGUGUUUUCCCCUGAACUGAACCCAUGGACCAAGCAUUUUUUGAACCUGCGUGAACAGAGCAAAUGUGCGGUCUCAUCCCUGAAAAACCAUCCUCUCAACCAGCACAGACUGCUACAACAACUAAAAAAUGCAUUCUACCCCCUGAGAAAUAAUUUGUCGGACCCUGAAUUUGUGCCAACAAGACUACUGAAAUUAUUCGAGAUACUCAAAAAAUACUUCCCCAACCACCAGCUGGUGUCGUCGGACUUUUCAAGUUUCGACAGCACUGUCCCGGGCUACUGCUCGCCGCUGGUACAGACGAUGCACAAAGACAGGAUGGUCAAUGUCGACAGCUACAUGGUGAACCAGGGGUAUUUUGACAUCAUGUUCCCUACUAAUUUUGACGUGAUGAGCGAACUGUACCGGUUGGUGGUUGGCAAACUAUGCAACACCAGCACCCAUGCGGAUUUCCUGAGCGUGUGGGCAGACACAGAGGUCACGACCACUAAAAGCGGAGAAAACCCAAUGCUUGAACUAUAUUCUAAUGCAUCAUUUCUGUACAGCUGA